CCCGACGGCGCCCGCAUCGGCUCCGGCGCCGCCGCGCUGCACGCCUCGCCUCCCUCGCUCACCACCUCGUCUUCCAGGCCACCAAGGAAGAGAUCGCCGAAUUCCUCCCCGAAGCGACCAGCUCCUCCGCCGAUGACGUCCCACUAGCAUCCGUGGUGCGCUUCAUGGCCACCAAGCACGUGCUGCUGCUGCACGCCGGCGGCGACAGUAAGAGAGUUCUGUGGGCGAACCCCAUGGGGAAGGCCUUCCUGCUGGUGCCUUACAUGGCCGGGGACAACCCCGACGGGCAUGUCCGGCUGCUCUUCGACCACAUCAGGGAGGGUCCAGCGCAAGGCAAGGAUUCAAGACCGGCAUCGGCAAGUCCAACCUGCCCUCCCGCUUCACCCGCAACGAGUUCAGCCUCGAGUCCAAGUCCACCAUCAGGGGGGUCGAGUUCACCACCCGCUCCCUCUAGGUCGACGGCAAGGUCGUCAAGGCCCAGAUUUGGGACACCGCUGGCUCUUCCUAUCCCCGUCUGUUCGGCAGCAGUUGUGGAGACCAUGGAUGGGACUAUCGCAGUUGCUUGCGUUUCGCGGGCAUCAGGAAGUGUGCUUUGAAAUGUAGGGCGAAUCUUGUGGAGGAGUAGGGCGAAUCGGACAUUGUCUCGCUUGUGCCGCUGUGGUAAAAACAGAGCACCACUCUUACUUGAUGUGCAUGUGUUAAUACGGCAGAAUGAUUGAGAUCUGUUUGACUUUUCUCUUCUCUUUGUAGAUAACAUGCUCAAUAUUGUUCAUGCGACUGUGUAUGAAUCUUAUGUACGUGCAGAUUAUCAGGCAUUGUUUAAUGCUGCCGAGGGUGUAACAGAG